AAGAAGCAGCAAGCAGGCUGAGCUUGGGGCAAGCGGGUGGGAGAUUUAGCUACCUGUUACUCUUUGGCAGUAGACGUUGCCACAUUAUCCCACCCAUCCCUGCAAUUUUGCUGCGGUCUCCUGGAACUUCUGCUCCCCGCACAUCCAAGGAAGCCAUAUUAUUGCACAAGAGAUGGCUGCCCAGUAUGUCCACUAUAAGGGGAUAAAGUUCCCCCCUGGAUAUAAUUCUGUGGAGAACCUUUGCUUUGCUGAGAAUGAGUUUGAAGUGCGAGAUGACGACAUCUUCAACGUGACUUACCCCAAGUCUGGAACAGUGUGGAUGAUUGAGAUCCUCAGCUUGAUCCUCAAUGGAGGUAAUCCAACCUGGAAUCAAUCUGUGCUUAAUUCCUGUCGUGCCCCCUGGUUCACCACCCAGCUAGGUCUGGAGACAGCGCAUCUCCUCCCACCCCCACGGCUGCUCACCUGCCACCUCCCCAUUCAUAUCUUCCCCAAAGCCUUCUUCAGCUCCAAAGCCAAGGUGGUGUACACAUUGCGGGACCCCAGGGAUGUACUUGUUUCUUACUAUCAUUUCUCCAAGAUGUGUGUCCCCUUUGAGGACCCCGAAUCCUUCAACCACUUCCUGGAGAGUUUCCUGAGUGGCGAUGUACCUUUUGGAUCGUGGUUUGACCACGUCACAGGUUGGAUGAAGCUGAAAGGCAAAAGCAACCUCCUUUUCAUCAGCUACGAGGAGCUGAAGCAGGACCUGUUUGGUAUUGUGGAACGCCUCUGCCAUUUCCUAGGGAAAGACCUCAAUGAGGCAGCGAUUACAUCAGUGGUGGAGAACACUUCCUUCGAAGCCAUGAGGAGGAAUGACAUGUGCAACUCAACAAUGCUUCCCAAGGAAUUUAUGGACCAAGAGAAAGGGACCUUCCUGAGGAAGGGCAUCUGCGGAGACUGGAAAACUCACUUCACGGUGGCACAGUCGGAAUACUUUGACAAGGUUUACCAGGAGAAGAUGGAGGGCCUGAAAGGAAUAUUCCCUUGGGAACACACUAGGCAGGAGAACCACUCGGGAAAAGGCCUUAAUUUCUGAACUGAAAGAUGCCGCAGCGCAGCUUAAGCUUGCCUGUCUGUUACCAAGAAAGCCCUUCCUUUAUCCUAAACCCUAAAGUAGAGGUAUUUUUUUGUAGGGGAAAUGUAUGUGCUCAGAGUAAUUCAUAACUUUUUUUAUAAUUUCACAUGCUUCAGGGUGCUGGAUGUGAACACAUGUUAUGCUUCAGGGCACAGAGUGGCACAUGAUGUAUCAUGUGAAGGCAUAUACUGCAGUCAUCUGGCUGAAGCUAGGCUGCAUUGGAAUUAGCAGGGGGAGACUGACGGAGGCUGCCUUAAGUUGCACAGAAGGAAACAGGGAUCUAAUGAUGUUUCUUUUUCAAAAAUAGUAUUAUUAAGGCAAGCAACGAACAGCAACUGAAUAUAGUGAUGCAACACACUAUUAAUCUCUAGAUGGUAAAAAGCAAAAGAGAGGUGAUUUUUAAAAUAAUAAUAAUCAGUGCUUUUUUCUUAAAAAAAUGUUUAGGGGUACUCUCAUUUUGACUCAAUAAAAUUGCCAUUUUAUAGUUCAAAUAGGGAAAAAUAAAUACAGCAAAUGGACAAAAGUACAAAGAUUCACAAAAUGUUUAGGGGUAUGUGUCCCCCUGCGUGCCUGCAGAAAAAAGCACUGAUAACAACAACAACAACAACAACAACAACAACAACAACAAGUUUUAUAGACAACCACAGCAGAGAUAAUAUUUUAGAACGGUGUGGAUUUCAGAAAUUUAUUAUUCUAGAACAUUUGUGGGAAAGGGCUUCCGUACCCCAUCAAAUAAACUUGAGGGAAGGAUGGGUGGCAAAGGCAGAGGCCUGCAAGAGCAUGUGGGGGGGCAGCAUUUUGAUUUGAGCUAAUGAGAUGCCUUUCCUAACUAAACAGUUUUAAAAAAAAUAAAAAUAAAAACGGAUUAAAUUUAUUUGUUCUAUUGGCUGAAAAUCUGGAACCUGAUCAAAGUUCAGUCACUUGACUCCCACUCCUUCUCUAUUGCC